GAGUGGUUCUCAGCUCUGUAAACUUCGCCUCCCACUGGGUGGAGUAGGGCCUUUAAGAGCAGUGGGAAUGCAGUUCCCCUGAUCAGUGUAGCCAGUUGUUGCCUGUCUGAACCUCUGCCAGUCCUGGAGAGCAGUGCUCUGAGCUCAGACCAGCGGGCCUCUCUCCGCACCCCCACUGCUGUCCUUUUUGCCGGAGAAGCACGUUCCCACCUGUCCAGCCAUGGGGGAGGACCUUGCACAAGCUGAGAAGUUUCAGCACCUGGGCUCGGCCACGUGGCAAGAGAAGCCAGCCAGCCCCAGCCUAGUGCCCUCCUCCACGCCGAGCCCCAGCCUGAACCUGGGGAGCACGGAGGAGGCCAUCCGGGACAACGCGCAGGUGAACGCCGUCACAGUGCUCACGCUCCUGGACAAGCUGGUAAAUAUGCUGGACGCGGUGCAGGAGAACCAGCACCAUAUGGAGCAGCGGCAGAUCAGCCUCGAGGGCUCCGUGAAGGGCAUCCAGAACGACCUCACCAAGCUCUCCAAAUACCAGGCCUCCAUCAGCAACACGGUGAGCAAGCUGCUGGAGAAGUCCCGCAAGGUCAGCGCUCACACCAGGGCGGUCAAGGAGCGCAUGGACAGGCAGAGCGCGCAGGUGAAGCGGCUGGAGAACAACCACGCCCAGCUCCUCAGGCGCAACCAUUUCAAAGUGCUCAUCUUCCAGGAAGAAAAUGAGAUCCCUGCCAGUGUGUUUGUGAAGGAGCCGGCUUCCAGCCCAGCGGAGGAGAAGGAGGAGCUUGCUGAUGAAAACAAGUCCCUGGAGGAAACCCUGCACACGGUGGACCUCUCAUCAGAUGAUGAAUUGCCCCACGAUGAGGAGGCCCUGGAAGACAGUGCAGAGGAAAAGAUGGAAGAAAGUAGGGCAGAGAAAAUAAAAAGAUCUAGCCUCCGGAAAGUGGAUAGCCUCAAGAAAGCAUUUUCUCGCCAGAACAUCGAGAAAAAAAUGAACAAGCUGGGGACAAAGAUCGUAUCUGCAGAGAGGCGAGAGAAGAUUAAGAAAUCCCUCACUUCCAAUCACCAGAAGAUAUCCUCUGGCAAAAGCUCCCCCUUCAAGGUUUCUCCCCUCACCUUCGGUCGAAAGAAAGUCCAAGAGGGAGACAGCCCUACAGAAAAUGAGACCAAGUCAGAAGACAUGCCUAGCAGUGACCAGAUACCAGAUGAGCCUGAAGAGAGCUCAGUCGCGGAGGGUCUCUCUGAAAUGUCCCAGCCCAGUGCUACGGUGGAAGGGAAGAGCAAGGAGGGGGAUGCAGGGAGGGCAGCCUCCAGGGGGAGCAGCUCGGGCUUGGCUAGCAACAUCAACUUGACAAUUAAGGAAGAUGAAGAAGAGGAGUCGGUGGCGGUGGAACAGGCGCAGAAGGUUAGCUAUGAGGAGGGCUACCUGCUAACGUCUGAGGAUGCAGAGCAGUCCGAUGAGGACGCAGUGCAGCCUGCAGUGCUCCAGGUGGACCAGACCGCCUAA